UAAAGAUGGACUAAAAACGAAACAAUACAUAUUAGGAGUAGAAAAAACAAAAACAAACGUGAGAUCAAAAAUAAAAUGUGUCAUUUCUGCAGAGUACAUGCACUCUGGCAGCACGCUAGAGCAAGGUGCGGCGUUCGUCAUGUGCUAUCCAUUUUUUAAUCCGCAGACCGCAGUAAAAUGAGAGAGGGGAGUUCACCAGUAAAUGACCAGAACGGCCAUAACAAACGGGAGUUCAAGCUUCCAACAAUGUCCUACAACAUGGCGAAUCCGAAGCUGCAAAGACUUCAGAACUUUAAAGCGAAUACAUGCUCGGCUAAUCAUAAAUGGAUUCAACUCCAACCGCUUUGCUCUCCGAGAACUCGUUUACGUCUCUGCCGUGGUUCUCUCGACUUCAAUUCACUAUGCCCACAAACUGUUCGACCAAAUUCUCGAACCAGACCUCUUCAUGUGGAACACAAUGCUCAGAGGCUCUGCUCAGAGCCCCAGACCAUCCCUUGCCUUUCCAUUGUUUGCAAAGAUGGAGAAAAGCCAUGUGUGCCCGGAUAGUUAUACCUUUCCUUUCCUACUCAAGGCAUGCACCCGGCUUUCUUGGUUCAAAACCGGGUUUGCAACUCAUGGCAAGAUUGUAAAACAUGGGUUUGAAUCCAAUAAGCAUGCUAGGAAUUCCCUCAUAUAUUUUCACUCAAAUUGCGGGGACUUAAAGAUCGCGACUUGGCUUUUUGAUUGUUUUGCAGUGAGAGAAGUAGUUGCUUGGUCUGCUUUAACAGCAGGCUAUGCCCGGAGAGGGGAGUUGGAGGUGGCAAGAGAGCUGUUUGAUGAAAUGCCAAUGAAGGACCUGGUAUCUUGGAAUGUGAUGAUUACCGGAUAUGUGAAGCAGGGGAAGAUGGAUGGCGCAAGAGAUUUGUUCGACAUGGCUCCAAUGAAGGAUGUCGUGACUUGGAACACAAUUAUCUCUGGCUAUGUCCAUUCCGGUCAGCAGAAACAGGCAUUGGAGAUGUACGAAAGAAUGAGGAAGGCAGGAGAACAGCCCGAUGAGGCAACCAUGUUGAGCCUCUUGUCAGCCUGCACAGAUUCAGGCUCUCUGGAUGUUGGUGAAAAGAUACAUUUCUCAAUCACAAAGAUGAUAAAUAAAGAGGAAUUAAGCAUCUUUCUUGGAAAUGCACUAAUAGAUAUGUAUGCCAGGUGUGGCAGCAUCAAGAGUUCACUUCAAGUGUUUCACAGUAUGAGUGAAAAAGAUGUUUCAUCUUGGAAUCUUAUAAUAAGAGGCCUAGCCAUCAAUGGCCAUCCUGAAGAAUCAAUCCUUCUCUUUGAAGAGAUGAGGAGACUGAAGCUCAAACCCAACGAAGUCACUUUCAUUGGGGUACUAGUAGCUUGCAGUCAUUCAGGAAAAGUCAAAGAUGGUCAACAAUACUUCAAAAUUAUGAGAGCUGAGUACAACAUAAAGCCAAAUAUGAAGCACUAUGGAUGCAUGGUCGACAUGCUGUCACGUGCAGGGAUGUUGAAUGAAGCUUUUGAGUUCAUCCGUAGAAUGGAGAUUGAACCAAAUGACAUCAUUUGGAGAAAUCUGUUAGGAGCUUGUAAAAUUCACGGUCAGGCUGAGCUGGGAAGGAUUGCAAAUGUGCAUCUGAAAAAAUUAGGAGUGUGUGAGAGUGGUGAUUAUGUGUUGCUUUCUAACAUAUACGCUUCACAGGGUGAGUGGGAUGGUGCUGAGAAGGUGAGGAAGGAGAUGGAUGUUUGUGGAGUGCGGAAAGAACCUGGUUCUAGUCUGGUUGAAGCAGAGGAGAAAAAAGUUUUUCUUAACUUCUUGUUUGAUUGAUACAACUUCUUAAAGCAGGCCCUCUUCCAAAAGAUAGGUAGCUAGUGACAAAAGAAAGAUGAGAUACAUUUUGUCCUGAAUUAGGUUCCAUUUGUUUAUAGGAAGAUAUUUUCUUGGAGAGUAUAUUCUUGGCACUGGAUUUUUUUUUAUUUCCCCCGUCAUUCUUUGUACCUUUUAUGUCAAACAUUCUAUUAUAGUAGUACAAAAAAAGGAAAUCGACUUAGAAAUGAUGUAUUCCAUCAGUCCAUAUAUAGAACCAUAUUCUUAUUGUUC